AUGGUCAGCAAUCUUGUGUUUGUCAUAGCCCAUGCUAACACGAGGCUCCAUAGAAGUGAAGUGGAAUUUCUUCAGCGCAAAUUUGCGCAAGAGUCGGAUGCAAAAUCCCAAGAAAUUAAAGAGAAGGCUCGUCUUCUCCGAUCGACAGCGUCUUCCGAUUCGUCGUUCGAGUACGACAUCUCGGCCCUGCUCAACGACCUCCAGGAGUCGACGGAACGAGAGCGCGACCUCCAGAACCAGCUUCAGCUCGUCGAAGAGGAGAGUGACGUCAUCCGCAAAGACCUCAAUGAAGUGGAGCAGGAGAAGGAGGCUCUGGAGUUCGAGCUGGAGCGCUUCAAGAUGCGCUUCGGGACCCUGGAGGAGCCGAAGAGAGCGGCGGACAGCAGCAAGGGCGUGGGCUCGGAGAAGGAGGCGGAGUUGAGGCUCCAGCUGAUGCUGGCCGAGCAGGAGGCGACGGUGAUGAGGAGGAAAUUGGUGGAGCUGGAUGCCAAGAACGAGGAGCUGGAAGGAGCUCUGGCCAGACUGUCUGAACGGCUCCCGGAUGAUGACGAUACAGCCCCACUACCUCAGCGCCAGGGACCGGUCGGCGAGGAAGCCGGGCCCAAGACCACCUCCCAUUCCGAGAGCGGCAACAACGCCGAGGUCGAGGCCCUUCGGCGGCACGUCGAGGAGCUCAUGCAGGAGAACGACGGUCUCCGCACCAAGGUCGAGAUGCUGGACGAGGUCGAUGCCGAGUACCGAAUCAACCCCGACGAGCAUAUACGAGGGGAACCGGAGCUCCGAGCAAAGCUUCAUCAAGCCGAGCGAGCCAUCACGACGUUGAAGAAACGAUUGAUCGAGAGUGAGUACGAGGGCAGGUCCCUUCAAAUGGAGGCUGAAUCACUGCGGAAGCUCGCCCACAUAUCUGGUGCUGAGGGCGGUGGAGGAGGACACGGCAAACACCGAGGGAAAUCACUGGAAACGAAACUCAGGGCUCAGGUCUCUCUGCUCAACACUGAGGCAGACGCCAUGCGUCGUCAGAUCGUCACCUUGGAAAUUCAGAAUGAACAACUCCAGGAUGAACUGGAGAAGCAGAUGCAAACCAACGCGACGGCCGCAGCGACGUCCCCGAAUGCUGACAGCGAUCGAGAACGGUUGGAGGCCUUGCAGCAGAAGAUCGCGCAGCUCGAGGAAGAACUAGGCGAUCUGUUGCUGGUGGUCAAGAGCAAAGAUGUCACCCAGGAGCAGCAGGAGAAAGAGCUCCAGGCCUCCAAGAGGGAGUGCGGCCAGCUCCGCCGGGAGAUGCUGGCCAAGGAGUCCAUUCUUAAACAGCGCAUCGGGGAGGAGGAGUCCAUGAAAGAGGUGCUGGAGCAACAGCUCCGGAUUGUUGAGGAGAGAGCAGAUGCACUGCAGGAUCACCUUCAAGACGAAUGCAAGGGCGCCCCCUCGCAGAGUGAAGUGAAAUGUGCGCCACCCGACGUUACGAUAUCAGACGAGACUACUACUACCUCAGAAGAAAAACCUUUGCAUGCCAAACAAACUGAUCAGGGAUUCUGGAUGCAGCGAGUGGCUGCACUCGAACGCGACCUCGCUGAGGAACGCCAGCGAUGUCGAGCAGCAGAGAAGCGAGCCGAGUUACUAGGAGGCGAUGUCGCCGAGGCCCCACCGCAGUCACCACGACCAGGGGAAGGCGAGGAGACGGCUCUGAGGGAACGAGAAAAGGAGUUACUCAAAUUUGAGCUGAAUGAGUAUCGGAUGACCAUCGAUGAAUUGAAAGCCGAAUUAAUACAGGAGCGAGAUGAGCGUAUGGCCGAGAAGUCGGAGUUCGAUCAUAAGCUCGCAGUGAUAAUGGAGGAGCGAGAAAGAUACGACACACUGCAUGAGCUUGAGAAGGAAAGCUCCAUGAUUCAACUCAAGAUGGAGGGUAUGAAGUGGCGCCAAGAGAGGGCGCAACUCUUCAAUCGCAUCGAUGAGGUCAAGGCCAAGAUGACGGACCUAGAGAAGCAAGCUGGUGGAGAAAUGAAGCGCUCGACAUCUGGCUCCAGCCCCGUACAUUCCCAACGCGAAGAGUCCCAGAAGCUGCUCCAGCGACUCGAAACGGAGGUCGAAGGCCUGGACGGCGAGUGCUGGAAGUACAGGCAGCUAGCAGAGGUCCUCAAGAGCAAGAUGGAAAGGUUGACCGCUCAGAACGAGGAGCUCAAAGCUUCAAACGACAUCUUGACACAAGAAAGGACCAUAUUGCACGCCAAACUUUCAAACACCGAACAAGAAAAGUCGGAAAACGAAGUGCGGAUCAAAAGGGAACGCGAUACAUUCGGGAUGGAGCGAGACAAGCUCCGGGAUCUUCAGAUGGAGCGAGAUGAGCUCGAGAGGAUACUCCAGCCCCUUCAAACACGGAUUGACCAUUUGGUGGCCGACAGUGAAGCAGUUCUGAACAAGAAAGAGCAGUUGGAGAACAGUGUUAUGACAUUGACUGCUAUGCUUGAUGAAGCAGAGGAAGCCAGGCAACGUGCUGAGAACGCUCUCAAGGAGCACGAGCACAACAUACAGAACGACUCGAGUAGGUUACGACAAGAGUUUGAUGAAGAACUCAGCUUGAGAGUCAAGGACAAGAACAUGAUGAUUGAUGAUUUGGAAAAAGAAGUGAGGACUAAAUCGAAAGAGAUCGAAAAUCUAAACGAGAGAUUAAAAUCACUUGAGCGUGAUCUGGACGGGAGCAGGAAAUCACUGGAUGACUUUCAGAAGAAGGACGUUGCGGAGCGGCAGCGAAGUAGCCCUAGCGGAAGUCCUAAGGGAAGUCCGACUAGGGACCCGGAGCAGCUCCGACAGAAGCUGGCCACCAAGGAGCGCGAGUGGUCUCAACAGAGAAAGGGCUUUGAGGAUACCGUGGACAGACUCAACAGUACCCUCAAAGCCCGAGAGUCGGCUUGGGACAACGAACGCGGAGACCUCAAGAAUGAUCUCAGCAAAGCUCAGCAGGUUCGCAGGGAUAAGGAAAUCGCCUGGAAUUCGGAAAGGGCCAAGUUGAUCAAGGAGAUCGAGGAGCUCAAAGCUUCUUUGAGUAAGAGCGAGUCGGAGAGUAAGAGACAGGUGAAUGAACUCAGGCAACGACUAGAAGCAGCAACGGAGCUGGUAGAAACCUAUCGGUUAGGCGAAACUAAAUUCAAAGAGGAAAGGCGUCGACUUCUACAACAGAUUGAGGAUAAAGAGUCUUCUGUCCAAGUGAAACAGAAGGAAAUAGAGCGAACUCAAACCCAGCUCAGCAACCAGCAGAAGCGCCUAGAGCGGGUCCGCGUGGAGAUCUUAGACCGUUUCCACCGGGAGGAGAAAGUCUGGAAAGCAGAGAUCACCGCCUCCAAAUUCAAGCUGGAGGCGGAGACCAAGUACUUUAACGAUGAGGUGGGGAGUUUGCAGAAACGCCUGGAGAAUGAGUCCAACGAUUACCAAUCCCAGAAGGAGCAGUUGUACGAAUCGAAGGCGGAGCUGGAUCGCUUGCGAUCGAUUGUUGAUAACGCGGAUAGGGAGAAGGAGAGUCUUAGGAGUGAGAAGGAAAGGGAGAAUCUUGCUGCCAAGAGAUCUCGACAAGUCUUGGAGAACGCACAACACGAGAAAGAGAAGCUAGCGACCGGUCUGAGUCAGGAGAAACAUAGACGAGAGGUUUUACAGAAGAGCUAUGCCAGCGAGAAGGCGGGCUGGGAGGUAUCUAGGAACGAAAUGAUGGCCAGGAUUACUCGACUGGAGCAGCAGACCAAGCUCAAGAAGGUCAAGCUGGAAGAUCUCCAGGCCCGGCUCCAGGCCUCCUGGGAUCAGGAGCGGAUCGAGCACAAGCGGCUCCUGACGGAGGCCAACUACCGAGUGAUGGACAUGCAGAAGGAGGUGGAGCGAAGAGAUAGUCAGCGGAGCAGGGAGGGAUCGGCCACCGGGGGCGUCCUUGCGAAGAAGAUGCUGGAAGAUGAACGCAUGAAGUCGACUGAACGUAUUCACGAGCUUGGUUCAGAGUUGCAAAAGUCGAAGGACGGACACAAGCGCAUCGGUCAGCUGGAGGCAAGGUACCAACGUGAUCGGGAGCUGUGGAGGAAAGAACGAAGUGAUUUACAAAAACGACUGCAGGACAGUCUAGCCACAAGACGUCUCGAACACAACAAGAUCGAUAGUUUUCUACAAGAGCUUCAGAAUCUGAAAGGAGCUGUUGAGGCGACGGACCGGCUGACAAAAACCGAGAUUCAAAAUGGCGGCCGCCAUGAGCAAAUCAUCGUAAGUGUACAGACACAAAAAACGGUUGUCAAGACAACAGAAACCAAACCCCUUCAAAAGGCGCCGCCGCCGCCUACCAGUGAGGAGAAUAACGCCAUCUACCGGCAGCUUCGUAAGCAGGUUUCCGAACCUGCCAAUGUUUGUGCUACUGCAGCGGCAGAGAAGUCCGGUGAUCCUGUUAACUUGGGUUCGACUCCACUAAUUACCCAUAGACAUUCAGCAUCCGAAAGGCCGGCUAACUUCACACUGGAUGAGAAUGCCAGUCCAUCUGCACGUACUGGAAUUGAAGAAAGAUCCAAGUCCCAGUCGGACGUGACCCGACGGGACAGUGGUCCCCCACCCAAGCCACCCGCCAAACCACCUCGACAGUUUAGCCAAAAAGAGGAGUCCUCAAACAGUACUUCACCCAGGGCAACCUCACAGCCAACUACCACACCGAGACAGCAGACGCAAGGAGAGUACCUACAGAGCAGGCGAUCACAAUCACGGAGUGCUGAGGUCUUGACGUCUUCACCGACUAAAAGCCCGCGAAGUCCGGUCAGAGUCAUCUCAUCGGCCCACGUAGGGGGCGGGCUAGAGAUAGCCUCCACGAAACCCGCCAAAGCCUCGACAACGGUGAAGACGGUUGUCACCGAAACCAAAGAAAGAAGAACUCAGGCACCUCCCAAGACUAAGAUCGAUGAAACAGAGCAUGCCCAGUUUCAGGAAACUCAUUUCGGUAGGGUUCCGCACGUAACUAUUAUUGACAGAGACACUGCGCAAGCGGGAAAGAAAACGACAGUAACAGAGAUUGUCCAGGAAUCUAAAACGACAGUUCAGGAAUCUAAUGUGCCCGUUGCGUCUUCCACUCCCGAUGUGUCUCAGAUAGGGAAUAGCACCGCGAGGAAGCCACAAGUAAGCAUCACGAGGUCUGUAAGCGAUCGACGGCAUGAUGCCGAUAAACCGACAAUAGUGGUGAAGCAAGGUCGGUUCGACGUCAUGGGUCUUCUGCGAGAGACUGAUCGGAAAACGGCUCGACCUCGAAGCGAAAGUCCCUCUCGCGUUGACCUUCAAAUUCGCUUGGCAGAGCUUGAUAGAAAUCGCGUACUGUCCACUAAAAUGAUGUUUGAAGGUAGCCAACCCUCAACAAGUGGUUCUGCACCAGCGUUGCAGAGGCGUUCGGCCAGUACAGACUCUCCUUGUGUAUCGGACACUGAUAGCGAAAGACACACGGAUAGUGAAAUUGUAGCACGAAGUCCAACUAGUCGCCAGCUAUCCCCCUCGAUGUCGGACAGUCGAUUACCGGGUGAUAGCAGGGCGGCCGGUGGAGUGUCCCCGCAAAUAGGUAGGUCUCAUGUCAGUAGAGCAUCUGAACGCCCCAAGUCUAUGUGUGCUAAUAUAGAUCGACGAUCAAAACCUUCAAGUGAUGUAGAGAGUAUGGGGCGAUCUUCCCCCUACCCGACCCCUCCUCCUGGUUUCCUUUUACCAAAGCAUAUCAAUGGAACAACAAGCAAACCGUCCGUUGCGACUAGUCCGACCGUUGCUGCGGCUAGGGGUGUCGAACCACCGCGAGGCAAGGCGUACAAUGUACCUAUACCACCGAGUGAGCUAGGGUCUUUCGGUGAGGGACCUCUGACUCAUAUACCUGGACAUCUAGAAAGGACAAAGAGUCAGAUACAGGCGCAGUCUAAACCGACUGCACCUCCUCCCCUCUCCGAUAAGACUCCUCCAGAAUCGCCAAAACAUGGAAGCGAAAGAGGAAAAAGAGUGUCUCCGCGCUCAGCACGUGCGCAGUUCUUCUCUGAGGUGCCCUCACCAACCUCCAGCAAGUCCUUGAAAUCUCAGGUGGCCGCUCAAGAGCGGAAGACGUCGAACAAUAACAACAACGCUGCUGCCGUUCAACAACCUUCUCCAACAUCUUCCGUUGCUUCCACAGCAACUGCGUCCUCUACCAAGUCGAAGGCGACAGGUAGCAGCUCGAAGGGAACCAGUAGCGGAGGCGCAAAGGGUGCAUCAGGUGGCACUGUUAAAGGAGCAUCUGGUACUAGCAAAUCGGACUUUGGAACGAGUACUAAGUCAUCCCACCAACCACCUAGCAAGGCUUCACCGUGGAGCGCUAGUCCUGCAGUCAGCAUACCCCAACAGCAAAGAAUGGGUGCUCAACCGGCAACCAAAGUCAAAAAGGGCAAAUUCUCGUCAAAGUCUUCAAAGAAAUAAUAACAGUCUCAGUAUUCAAGUAAACUGUCAAAAGAUUCAGUGUGUUGAAGCCUUGAUGCUAUUUACAGAGAUGUACAGCCAUUAAGGUCAAUGA